UGUAUUUUCGUCACGAGUUUGUUUUGGUCCAGAAGAAGGUUAGUCUAAGCUGUAUCAGGCGUUACAUUCCUAAUCAGGGCAACAUACCCAUAUAGAUAUAACUGGAAACCAGUUUCGAGGAUAUGUCCAUCGCUCAUCUGUUCAGUGCAGUGGAAGUGAAAGGAUUGCUUUGAAAUGACCAUGAAUUAAAUGAUCAAUUGAUUGCCACCUACCAGUGUCACAAUGACUUCUGAAUCAAAAGACCGUGAAAAGAGAGGAAUUAUUCACGCGUCCGAAUCUUCCACAGCCACAGUAAAAAUAAGUGGAGGUAGAAUAACCAAAUUUUCUGGAUUUGAAUCAGAUUCUGAAGAAGAGGAACAAAUAAACCAUAUUGACGCUGAUAGCCCAAUAAGAAAUGUGACCUUGACCUCAGGACAUAACAGAACUAAUCGUGAUGAUAACUUACAAUCCCUGGAUAUUCCAAGCUCCACAGUUUAUCGGAGACGUAGUGCCGCUUUCAGUGAAGGUUUACCUGAUUUUGUUAGCGUUCAUGGACGAUUUGGGUCAAGGUCAAGUGCAAGGUCAUCUGAAGGUGAUACUGUGAAAAGACAUCCUCGUGAAAAUCAGGCCAGAACAUCUGAAUCUAGUACUAAUAGCUCUCCUCAAAAAGACAGUUCAUUUCCCCGUGAGAGGUUUAAUCCUUUUAAUAAAGACAUUCAUAUGGACGAUGAUCACUUUUCCGAUUCGGCACCAAACUAUUUUCAAAGACAAGGAACACAAUCAUCAGACAGCAACAAGUCUGGGUCGGGAGGGAGUGACACAUGGACGGACAUCGGAGGGGGGAUGAUGUCAGGGACGUCCGACACUGACGACAUCACAUACGCUGACCUUGGCCUUGCGGAGGACCACUUCUCUCAACCUGAGGGUCACUUCGGUUUGAGUAGCAGUGAGGAGCUGGACCUUGCUAUAGAGAACUGCGUAGAGCUGAUCAAGUUGGCCCCUCAUAACUCUGACAAACAGAAGAACCUUAUCAGGAAACUGGUGCAACUAAGGAUGAAGAAACAGGAACUGAAAGAGGGUUCAGAGCCCGUGUCUUCAGAUGUCAAGGUUGUGGUGGGACACAAGUUCCGAGAGAAGACGAGUCGGGGCUCCAAACAUUACUGUGAGAAGUGUAACGCUGUCAUAUGGGGCAUGGUCCAAGCAUGGUACAAGUGUAUAGACUGUGGUUACAGCUGCCACGCCAAGUGCCUCAUCCUCAUCACCAGGACGUGUGCCAAGCAGCGGGUGCUUGAGAACCCCUCCUACUGUCUGUCCAUCUGUCCCCAGAAGGGUCUGGCAUCACAGAACUACAGAUGUGCAGAGUGCAAGUCUCCACUGUCCUUCAAGUCCGGAGGAGCUGAGCCUCGGUUGUGCGACUACAGCGGCAACUACUUCUGUGAGCUCUGUCACUGGAACGACCAGAUGCCUGUACCUGCCAGGGUGCUACACAACUGGGACUUCAUGCCUCGCAAGGUGUGUCGGGCGUCCAAGCAGUACCUGAAGCUGAUGACCAGCAAGGCUGUGAUCCGAAUCCAGGACAUCAAUCCCAUGCUGUUCAACUUCGUGGAGGAGCUUAGUGAAAUCAAGAAGCUGCGAGAGGAGAUGCUGGUGAUGAAGAAGUACAUCUUGCUGUGUCCCAGUGCCAUGAAGACCAAGCUGUUGCUGCUGCUGCAGGCUCGGCAGCACUUUGUGGAGAGUUCCGACAUCUACAGCAUGAAGGAUCUGAUGGACACAGACAGAUACGCGCUGCUGUCUGAACUGGCACAGAUCCAUUCGGCAUGGGCACAGCACAUCAAGACAGACUGUGAGCUGUGCCAGGCUCGAGGCUUCUUCUGUGAGAUGUGUGAGGAGAAGGAGGUGCUGUUUCCAUUUGAUAACAUCGCUGUGGUGUGUUCACAGUGCUCCAAUGUCAUACACAGACACUGUUUUGACAAACGAGGUCAGUGUCCAAGAUGUGAGAGGAGAGACAGACGGAAGGUCAACUGAUGUAAUCAAGUGCCCAGUGACUGACCAUUGAGGAAUGUUCAGAUGAACAGGUCACCUUAAAUAAUCAAGUCCAUUGACCAUUCCAGUGCCCUGUUACUGAGGGAAUCAAUGGAAAUAUGAACAGAGUGUCAUCUGACCCCAUCCAGUGUCAAUUGUCAAUGACAGAUGAGACGCAGAUGUCAGGUCAGCUGAACAUUGUGUGGCCUUUGACAGGUCACUGACAACCAAGAAUGUCAGAGGAGACAUAAACAGAAGGUCAUCUGUACUCAUGAGAGAUGGAAGGUCAGUUGAUCUCAUCCUGUGCCCUCUGAUAAGUUGUUAGAAUGGAAAUCAACAGAGAGAUGAACAAAGGGUCAGCUGAACUUUCCAGUGGCUACAAUGACAGAGGAGAGACACACAGAGGUCAACUGAGCUCCUCCAGUGUGCACAUGGUCAACUGACCUCCUACAGUGCCCACGUAGAAGUCAAUCCUAAGUGCUGACCUCCAGUGCCCACAUGGAAGUCAGCUGACCUCCAGUGCCCUCAUGGAGAUCAACUGACCUCCAGUGACUAAAUAGAGGUCAACUGACCUCCUCCAGUGCCCAUUAGGCAAGGAUUCCAGGCCAGUGCUAGAUACUGAAAUUGUCUGUGUGAAGAUUGUGAAUCAGGAGUUGUGUGAAGAGAAGGAAAAGACAGGGUGUCAGGAGAUCUCACAGGUUAAAACAGGGCCUUAGACUGUUAGCGAUAUAUGUGAUAAUACCUUUACAAAUUGUAAAUAUACCAUAUAUGUUGGGUCGUGAUAGUUUAAACGAUUGUCAACUCAUCUCACCUCACCUUAAAACUACCGACCCAAGAACACUGAUAUGGUGAGAACAAGUUGUGUUAAAGCUCAGUACCUCAGCUAUAAAAUACAAACUUUGUGGAAAGUUUUCUUUCUUUUUUUCUUCUUUGAAUAAUUGUGUAUCAAAAGCAAGAUAUGAUGCAGGCUAUUCAUUUAACAUGAAAGAUAAUGGUUGUAUAUACUUCCUCAGGGAGUAGGGUUUGUGUAUUGUGUCAAGUAUAUCUCGUCAUUUUGUGACGUGUCAGGCUGAGUUUGUGUUGCCUUAUUUUAAGUAUGAACAACUGGGCAUCAUCAACAGGUAGCUAUCUCAUUUUUGCUUGGAAAACAAUAUAAGGGCUAAAAUUCUAAAAAUAUAUAUUUUAUUUAAAUUUUAGUUCUCACUGGACCCUAGAUAAUUUGUUACAAAUAUUACAUUAUGCACUGUCAUGACUAGUAUCUAGCGCCUUCUUUUACUACUAUUUCUAUCUGGUAUAUUAGGAUAUAUUACUAUGUGCUGCUACUGCUUUUUGGAGGGUCUAAUGUGGAAUUACACAAAGUAUUUGAUUAAGACUUCAAUUUUUAUGGAAACCCCAGUUGCUGGAUAUGUUAGAUUGCAGAGUUUGUGUGCUGGUGAUUACCGGUAGGUGCUUUACUCUGAGAAUACCAGAUGGGACUCAACCCAAAAAGUACUGGAAUUUGUACUUCAUUAAUAAGUUGCCAUCCCAAAACAUAUUCAUUCCAUAGAGUUUGUCAAUGCAUAGCUUGGCAUUUGCUUAUUGUUUUCCAGAUCACUCAUCAACUUUAAAUGUUUAGUAUUCUUCAAGUUGUGGUGAAAAAAAGUGAUUUGAGGAAAUUCCAAAAUGUUAGUUUUUAAACAAUUUACUCUCAAACAAACUGGCUGACUCCUCUUUUACUCAGCAACAUCCAUAGCUCUUGUGGGGAUUAUGAAGAGCUUUAACCAUUCUAAUUAUUUAUAAUUAUUUUCAUUUCAGCAUAGUAUCAAAACUGUACAACAUGUAGCAGGUUAUCAGAACUAAGUUGUAUCACAGAGGACAAGCUCAAGGAAGAGUUGAUCCAUACAUAUCAUACAUAUUUGUAAAGUGUCAUAUAAAUAUAUAUAUGUGCAUGACUGUAUAUGGCGAACAAAUGUAAAUAUAUUUAUUCAAAUGUGUACAUGUGGAGUGAUAUUAAAUGAGCGAUAUUUAUGUA